CUAAAAUAUUUGGAGGGAUUUAUUUCAAAUUAGUUUCCCCUCUCUCACCACCGCUCCACCAGCCGCUCCUCGUCGUCGUCGUGGGCAACCGGAGCACCGAUUCACCUAGAUUUGUCAUAUUUUCUCUCUCUAAACUCCAUAGCCAAUCAUGAAAUUCAGAUCUACACAACACUACCCAUUUCAAAUCUUCCAUUGAACUGAACUUCAAUGGCGAAUCUCGUGGUCCUGGUGGUGGUGAUUUUGGGUCUGAUCAAUGGUGGGUAUUGCCAAGAAACGGACCAAGAAGCUCCAUGGAGAAUCCACACGUUGUUCUCUGUGGAGUGCCACAACUACUUGUUCAGUAUGGUGUAUCACUAGAAAGGUUUGGAGAGUACAAAGAACUAUGUAGUUUCUUCAAGGUCUUAACAACUAGUGCAGAUUCAGAUAAUAAGGUCUAUGUCUCCACAGUCCAUGCACACAAUUAUCCUAUUACUGCCUUCCAGUGGCAUCCAGAGGUACUAUCUUUGAAGUGCUUCUCAUCAUAUUUGUAUUGGGAAUGUGAGAUUCAUGAUUUUGUUUAUUGGAUGUUGUCCUAUGUUGUUCAUUAGCCAUUAUGGUCAUCACUAUUUUUGAUCUAGUUAUGUUAACCUCCUUGUGUUCUAGAAAUGAUGCCAACCUUUCCAGUCAGUGUGGAGACUAUGCCAAUGAAGGGAGCUAAUUAGCACACUUUUUAAUUAGCUCCAAUUGUUUACACUUGCUAAUUGAUGCAUAGGAAUGACACUUUUUAUUGAUGCAUAUCACCUUAAGCCCAUAAUGAGACAGACAACGAUGGUAUAGAUCAGCUUUGUAUUUUUAGAUUUUUGAUGCAAUAAUAUUUGAAACGUUGUCCAUUUGUUUGUGUUUUUUCAAUCUUCUUUGCAUAAGAUAUUCUAAUUUGAUUUUCCCUAGUUUGGUGAAGUUGUGUUCAUUUGGAGAGAGUGAUUAGGGAAGAGAAGAGAUUAAGAAAAGAGAGAUGGGAGAAAAUGAAUUAGUAAAUUUUUCCUUGUUUUAGUUGAGAACAAAGUAGAUAAGAGUUGAGGGGAAAAUAUAUUUAUUUUGUUGUUCCUUGAGUAUUGUUUGUACCUAAAUUGAAUUGAAUUCCCUCCAAAUUUGUGUUCAAUGACACGUGGGAAUAAUAUUUAAUAACUUUCUCAAUUAUUUUUUUCUCUUUUCGUUUCCCUCCUAUCAAACAAAGCAUAACAUUGUUGAGUAUUG